AUGCCCAUACUUUUGGCAGCGGUGACACUGCCCAAUGAGUCUGGAGUUCUUCUGAACCUCAACUCGAAUGGCCAGUCCCAGCAGUUCGUGUUCGUUGAACACUUGCUGAGACUUUUCAGUCUUGGGCAGUAUCACGACCACCAAAGGCAUGGGCGCGCCGCCGCUGCGCUUCAAUCGAAUGAUAUGAAGGGGGCGAUAUCCCCUCUGCUCCAGUUCUCCCUUAAUCUCAGUAUCCGAAAAGUUGACGGGAACUCCUCGAACCACCGCAUGGAUGUUCCGUUCCGAAGGAAGAGGAAAAGUGUGAUGGGGCACUUCUUCCUCUCGGAAUGUGCGAACGAUCUUACGACGCCGACCAUAUUCCUUCAUGUUGGAGUAUAGAAGCAUUAGCAUAAUUAAGAGAUGGUUAAACAGAGCCAAGGAGAGGUCAAAAAAAUCCGGAGCUCCAUUUGUAGUUAUAAAAUAUAUGAGUAUAUAUACUUAUGUUUAUAAGUAUUUACACCUGGUGUUUUUAUUCCAAUAUGUGUAAUUAGACAGCUCUUGAAGCUAACUUAAAAAAUGUUUUGCCAUUACAUUGAAAGAAUCUCAUUAACUAUUAAAUCUAAAA